AUGGGGAUGGGGAACCGCGGGUCGCUUGCGGCAGGCCGCGAGGCCCCAACGCUCCCUCUUCUGGCCCAGGAUGAGAACAGGUGUAUCGCCGUUAGCAACGAUGACGACAAAGAAGAAGGGGAAACUGGAAGCUGGUUCGGCGAAAAAGAAGAAAUAGGGAGGGACGAAGAGGACGCCGCAAUUUCGUGUUCUCGUUUCCCGUACACCUUUUCCUCGCAUCAAAAAGACGGGACUGACGACUCCCAGGAGACGAAGUCUCUCCCCUCUACUUCGUCUGAUCUUUCUCCUUCUGCGCGCUCUGCCUCUUCGCUGCCACAUGGCCGGGACGAGGCCGAGGAAGGCGACGAUUCGCCUUCCGCUGGCGGCUGCCGCCCUGUGUCGGCCCAGGAGUCUCCCUGUUCCUCUCCGACCGCGGUCGCGCCUCCAGGCGGCCGGGGGAUCGGGAGUGGAGAUACGUGUGGAUCCGAGAGGGAACGCGGCUCUUCGGAGUGCGGAGAGCCUGCCAAAUACACAAACACUGACGAGGGGGUCGAGUGGAAGAAAGUGAAUCUUUCGCGGGAGACGCCCGCCAAGACUGGACAAAAUUCCGGCGCAGUCGCGGAGGAUGCUCUGGAGCUCUUUCGGCCGCCUUCGUCUUCCGCUUCUUCCCCGUGCGCGUCUGCGUCUUCGCGAGGCCGGGCGUGGUCGUCCGGGAAGACAGAGUUUUCGUUUGCUCGCGCGUGCCUGCCCGUGACAGCUCUUCUUCUGCUCAUCUUCUCUUCGCUCCUGUUCAAGGCUCUGCCGAACCUCAUCGGGAGACCUAUCGAGCGCUCGCACGCGUCCUUCAGCUCGUCUCCUCAGCAGGUUCUCGCCAAGCUCUUCCCCCAGUCUGCGCAGUCUCCCGCGCCUGCGACAUUCUCUGCGGAUGCCGCGUCCGCCUUCGCGCAGACGAGUCGCCAGACGCCCGCGGGGCCGCGCCGGCUAACCGCGGAGCCGACCGAGGCUGACACGCGGUUGCUCUCGGCCGCCGGCGACCCGACGGCCUUCCCGGAACCGGAUGGCAAAGAACUGCCCAUGGAGCAGAACCCAAUUGCGUCGACGCUCUCCUUCUUCUGUUUCCUCUUCUUCGCCGCCGUCUUCCUCCAGUGGCUGGUCUCCAAGAUCCCCUCGUACCCGCCGCCCGUCUCCGUCGUCUGGUUUGUCUUUGGCAUGGUUGCGUACGGCAUCGCCAGCAUCCCGGCGCUGUUGCCGCCUCAGCCCAGCGCCUCCGAACGCGCCGGAGGUAACGGGGCUACCCCGGAGACGACCGGCGAGCCGCGCACUGCGGCGAGCAACACGGGGAUCGGCGACGUCCCGCUCCUUGGCCACAAUUCCCUGCAAACCGGCAUCCUCGAGAUGCGCGUCAUCGACAGCAACGUCGUCUACUUUGUCCUCGUGCCGAUUCUCCUCUACGAGGCGACGCAAAGCAUCAACUGGCACAAGUUUAAGAGAUUUCUUGCUGGCGGACUGCUGCUGGCCGUCUUGGGAGUUGCUGUCCAAGUCGGCAUUCUAGGUGUGAUGUUUUACUACACCUAUAUGAAGCAGUAUGUGCCGGCGGCAGAAGGUGGAGAUCAGAGCCCUCUAACCGCCGCGUUUCUCCUCGCAUCGACGCUAUCAUCCACAGACCCCGUGGCUGUCUUGUCAGUCCUCAAUGCCGUGAACGCUUCCGACAAGCUCUGCACCAUGUUCGAUGGCGAGUCGCUCAUCAACGACGGUUCCGCAGUGCUCUUGUUUCAGUUCUUCUUCUACCUGCUCCAAGGUGUGUCGGAGACGCCCUUGUCGACGUUCAUAAUGUUCAUGAAACUGCUCUUUGCGGGGCCUGCCCUCGGCUGCUUCCUCGGAUUCGGCGUCUACCUCUGGCUGAACUGCUUCCGGAAGUACCCGAUGACGCAGUGCCUCGCCGUCAUCACUGUCUGCUACAUCGCCUACUUUGUGGCGGAAGUCGCCUUCAGCCUCUCGGGGCCGUUGACAGCAGUCUGCUACGGCCUCUUCAUCAAAAGCUACGGCCACAUUGCUCUCGACCGCGAAGCACAACUGAAGCACCACACUCUUGUCGAAGGACUGGGCCUCAUGGCGAACUGCGCAAUUUUCAUUAUCAGCGGAAUCGUCACAUAUGGGAUGAUGAGCUCGGUCUUCCACCGCACCGAUGGAGGCGAGUUCUGGAUGCACCUGUUCCUCACGUACAUCUACCUCAACGUCGCACGAAUCUUCAUGAUUGCUCUUUUCUCGCCCUUCCUACGAAGAACCGGCUACGGGCUCAGCUGCAAAGAGGCGGUUCUCUUGAUCUGGGGCGGCCUCCGCGGGGGCAUUGUCUUGGCGCUGGGGCUGCGCAUCGAGCGCGACGGAAAUCUGGAAAGCGAGCUAACGAAGGCUCUGUCCUUUUUCAUUUCCGGAAGUGUCUUUCUCAUCCUCGUCGUCCACGGAAUGACCUUUGAGCUCCUCUACCGGUGGCUUAACCCGUACCCGCCGAAGCCGUUUCGCCGCGUGUACCUCGAGGCGGUCAUGAAGAUGAUCGACUACCAGUACAUGGAAGAGAAACAGGCGCUCAACAAUCACUGGCUGUUCAAAGGCACCGAUGUCUUGGUCUACGCGGACAAAGUCGUCCCCACGCUCGGUUGGCGUAAAGUGGACAGGCUCGGCAAUCUGAACCUGAAGGCGCCAGACAUCAGCGUGGCGCUGAGCUGUCUCCACGAGGCUUCGUUCAACACCUGGGUUGUCCCCACGGCGUACUCGACGGGGCCUGCCAUGACCGUCGUGAAGCGGAUGGCCACGGCGGCAGUGCUGCCGCCCGAGGCGCGCGCGACGCUGGCCCUGGAACAGGGCGACGCCCUCAGAGACGAGGAAAAACGCGACGGCGAGAGAGACAAAAGUGGGGCGCUGCACGGCGGGUUGUCGCUGGCGCUCGACCAGCGAGACGGCGAGCGUGGUGGGGCUCUGGGAGGGCGCGAGGCAGGCGACAUGACCUACGCGAGCACCGGGGCGGAUCCGCGGCUCCUCUCUGGGGCUUCGUCGGGGCACGGCGUGGCCAAAGACAGCCUCAAGGGCUCGGGAAGCAUGGGCCGGGCCAUGUCGCGGUCGGGCGGGGAGAGGUCGAUGUUCCUCGCCCCGCCCCGCUCGAGCGGGAGCGUUCUCUUGACCCCGCAAGGUGUCUCCGCGGUGUCUGGGGGCGAGGGCGCCCUAGGCGCGGCUGCGUUUGGCGGGGACAGCGACAGAGACGCGGAGAAGCGGACGCAGAGUCGAGGCGCGUACGAAGACGAGAAGGGGCCGAUGUCCGACGCUCCGCCGAGCACCUUUCUCGGCUCCAGAGAGAACGAGCGAGUUGUCGAAUCUGCGCCGAUCUCUCCCCGAUAUUCCGUCAGAAGCCAAGCGUUCCCGACCGAGGCCGACACUUCCAACCAGUCGCCUGUCCUUUCGCAGGCUCCCUCAGGCGUCUUCUACAGCCAGCCGGUGGGGUUGGGCGAGGGCGAGUCGAUCUCCCACCGGGGCUCGAUUGUCGGGCCGCGACCGUCCCACCGCGAGGGGGUGCGCGCCAUCGACGAAACGGAGACCCGACUGAAAAACUACCACAAGGAGAAGCAGGCUCACACGCUCGCUGCGCUGUCGCAGGGCCUGAAGCCCGAGCUGGGUGGCGGCAUCGGCGUCGGCUCCUCGUUCGAUCCCAAGUUCAACCUCCGGCUGAUCGAGCACGCGACAACGAUUGGCCGCAUGGAGGAAAGCGCCGGGGGGACAGGCGCGAAGAACGGGGGCGAGGAGAGCGCGACGGCAGGCGCCGCAGCGGCUGCUUCAGGCUCCAGGCGCAGGCGGCCUCGCGGCCGCCUGCUUCACAGCCGGCGGGGCGAGGACGACGGGGAGAAGAGGGCGAACGCUUCCGAGCCGUCCUCGUCGGGGUCGGAUACAGACGGCCUGGACAACAAGCCCGUGGAAGUGAUUGUCGAGGGCGAGGACCCGCAGACGAAGUUGCCGCUGUAUCGCCUGACGAGCAUGCGCACGCAGCGGCUGGCGUGCGAGGCCGACGGCCGAGUUGCGCCCAAGCGCGACAGCGCCGACGCGGCGGCAGACGCAGGCGAAGGAAGGGAGAGCCGCCACGUCGUCGGGCCGGUGGGGUGGGCGAAUGCCCUGUUUGACACCGUGCGCUUCCGGCGCCUGCGGACGCAUGCAGUGCUCGACGGCAACGGGGAGGAGAGGCCGUCCGCAGUUCUCUCGCGCGGGCACACUUCGCUCUUGCACUCCCGCCGCAGGAGACACGAGGGCGAGGAAGGCGAGGCCGAAGACUCUGCAGGCGAGAAGAAGGCGCGCGCAGCCGGCUGGCUGGGUCCGCCGCUGGUCUUUGCCUCGAAGCGGAAAGCGAUGGCGGCCUUGGGGAUCGGAGGUCGGACUGGCGGCGACGUCUCCCCGAGCCCGCGGGCGAAGAACGGGAAGGAGAUUGGAGACGACGGAUCGACCGCUGGGGAAGGCCUGCUGGGCAUGCGGAAGGUUGACGACGGCGCGCAGCGGCCGGAGGAGUGGGGAGAAGAAGACGACGUUCUCCAGGACUUCCCGAGACCCAGCGAAAAAGACGAGUCCGAUGACGACGGCCGCGACCCCAAACGCUUCGACACUGACGCCACCCUGGUCUUCAACCACAAAGACCUCGUUCCAGGCUUCCAGAAGCGAAAAACCAAAGCCAAGAAGGGCGGCGCGACUCAGCGCAUGCACUCGCUUCUUCACCUGCACCACCGGAGUCGUCGGGGGUCAGACGUGUCUCGGUUGAAUUUCCUGUCUCCGCCUGGCAGCCCGCGGACGGGGGCGCCGGGCGACAAAGAGCUGCCGGCUGGGGCGUCGUCUCCAGGGGACCUCGGGGUUCCAGACGGCCUUGCGAAGGGUGAAAAGGAGAGGAAAGAGAAGGAGAGAGAAGAGGCGUACCGUCACACGUCCCUCACGCCUCCGUCAGUGGUUCACGCUCCAGUCAGUGGGACAACCGGCGAACCGUCGCCUGACCAGGGCGGCGACGGGGGGCGACGUGGUCUGCGGCUGCUGGCGAAGCGCAUGGAAAAGCGGAACGAAACGGCGACAGACCGCGGAAAAGACGGAAGCGGUCGUCUCGACGCCCCGCGCGGCGCCCUCGCGAUGCAGGUCUCCGAGAAAGCAUCUGCGCCUGAGGCGACGGAUGGAGACGCGGCGGCCAGCGAGGAGGCCCCGCAUCCUGUCCCGCCUCUGGAGCUUCCGGGCGAGAAGGCGGUAGAGGCGCGGAAGCCAAGCGCGUCCAGUCUGUCUUUGCGGCGCGCCUCCGCAGGUGACGCCGCGCCCCGCCGAUCCGCGUGGGCGCGAAGAGGCAAGGCGGGCGAGAAGGAAAGGCGACUUCUGAUUCGAGGACGACGGCCCGUGCUGCGAGCACAAAAAGGCCGCGAGAGAUCCAAAUCCACAGACUUCGACGCCUGCCACUGGAGCCCGCCGGGCUCGGGCGCUCUCGCGGGGAGAGACACGCGCAGCGAAGGCGGACAGAGCGUGGACGACGAAGAGCGACUCGCCGAUUUGAAGCGAAGUCUUUCUCUCGGGAGCUCGGAGAGCUAUUUCGAGAUCCCAGCAACGCCGCGUCGCGGUUCGUUGUCGUCGCCGCGUCGAGACGGGCGGGGCGUCCGGACGGUGUCUCCCCAGACGACGCAACGACGCGGCAGCCGCCGCAAGGUGCUUCGAAAAGAACGCGAGGGUGAACUGUAUUUGAUGAUUUUCAACGCAUGCAGAGAAAUGUAUCACCGGCUGUACCACAAGAACUGCAUCGGCGGAAGUGCGCUGCUCAGCUUGAACACCUCGUUGGAUCUCAGCAACGAUUUCGCCGUUGGAAAAGUUCGACAGAAUCCGAUUCGCGCCUGGGCGGAAGUCCUGCAAGAGGAUGAGCAUGGCGCUGGAGAGGCUGGCAGCAAGCGCGGCCCGAAAAAGAGGACUCUCCAGACCCUCACGGGCUUUGAGUAUGAGUGGAGCGUUCUUCAGUCUCGCCUUCACUGCAUGCAAGAGCAACAGCAGGGCUGGUGCGGCCUCCGAGCGGCGCCCUUUUGUUGCGGCCGGCGAAUCCCGUCUGCGUUCAUGCGAUCGCUCCUCAACAGCGGAGCGUGUCAGAGUGACCUGGAGCAGAUCCUCGCAUUCGUGGACGUCCACGAAGAGUUGCUGGAAAAGGGCGGGAAAAACAUGCAACAACUUAUGGGCGAGGAACUGCUUGCUAGCUACAACCGCCAGAUUCUUUCCGCCAAGCGCUUCGUGCUGUACAUUCGCGACUGCUACCCAGACAGUUUCCGUGUCGCAAUCUGCAAAAUUGCGGCGACGCUCCUGCUCAACUUAAAGACAAAGCUGGUGAAGGACACAGCGCAGAAAGGUCUCGUGCUGGAAGAAGACAAGGAGAAGCUUCUGCGCAUUCUCGACGAACAGCAGUUCCGGCUGUCGCGUUUCCGGCCGUGCUUUCUUUUCAUUCGGCCGCAAAACUGCAUGCCCUCCGGCAUGGGGCAUGUCCUCGCCUUUGGGGCCAGAAGCCGAUCCGAGUCGAGCAGCAGCUCGUUGUCGCGGGGGGGACCCGACCUGCGUGUGUCCCGCUCCACUAGCUCCGACGCGGAUCCAGAGAAGGCGAAAGACGCAGCACAAAAGUACGACGACGAUUACUUUGGCUGGGCCGGCGGCGGCGACACGGGACGCGAGAUGGUGCGGCGGGAACCCCAGGAGGACAGCCACGGCUUCACAGGCCUCAGGGCUCGACCGUCGCUCUGGGAUAGGCGAGAGGAUGCCGAGGACGAACGCAGAGCGCCCGUGGAGCGACGGCGGUUUUCGUCGGUCAUCCGCAUGAUGGAAAGCGGAAGACACACGCAGUCCCCUCCCACGGGUGACAACACGCCGCGCUGCAUGGACGUCCACGAGCCUCCCGAAGCUGACGCACAGGCGAUCAGGGUGAUUGUCUCGCAGGCGAGCUUUCCAAGUGCAGUGUAA